CGUCCUUAUACAUAAGCAAAUAAAUUGAGAGCGCUAACGCCUGACCGAGUUUGCUCAGUACCUUGUCGCCUCUGCAGUACAAAGGUUUUGCAGCUUGGAAAACCGGAGUGGAGAGAAACAAAGCGAUUUUAUACCAGAAGCAUCGGGAAGACUCGAGGGGGGAGCUGCGUCUCUUUGUCUGGCUUGGAGAAUGGUGGAAAAGAAAAUUUCAGCAAGGUCCCAGGACCCCAGCCAGAGGCGAAUUUUAGACCGGGCCACCCGCCAGCGCCGUCUCAACCGCCAGCUAGAGGCCCUGGAGAAUGACAACUUCCAGGAUGACCCCCAUGCCAACAUGCCACAGCUGGUGAAGCGCUUGCCUCAGUUUGAUGAUGAUGCCGAAACAGGGAAAAAGAAGAAAAAAACCCGCGGAGACCAUUUCAAGCUGCGUUUCCGCAAGAACUUCCAGGCCUUGCUGGAAGAACAGAACCUCAAUGCGAGUGAAGGGCCCAACUACCUGACAGCCUGCGCGCCUCCCUCGAAUUUGCCUCAGCGCCACUUCUGCACUGUUUGCGGCUUCCCGUCAAAUUACACAUGUGUUUCUUGCGGAGCCCGUUACUGUUGUGUCAAGUGUUUGGGGACACAUCACGAAACUCGGUGCUUGAAGUGGACAGUUUGAGUUAUGCCAUGAAGAAUUAUAAAUAUUAUCUUAUAGAAGAAGUCUUUUCAAACAAGCAGGUUGUCUUCCUCCCUGGACAAAUAGAUUUUCCCAGCCGUGAAGAGGUCUAAACUGGACUGUAAUUCGUGUUUGUGUAAUAAAAUGUUUUUAUGGUUUGCAA